CGGCCGGCGCCCCGGGGACAAUCCUGGCCUUGUCUCGCAGUCUGCAUCUCGGGCUUUCUGUGGCCUCCGGUUACGCCUUGUUUUCCAGGGCGGAGUCCCACCCAGCUCUGCUCCUCCGUUCAGCGGGCGGGUCUGCAGCUCAGGUUCCCCUUUCCCAGAAUCUUCUCCCUGAGUUGGAGUUCAGGCGCUGAGCUCAGCCCUGUGCGGGCCUGGGUGUUGCCUAAGCCUGCGCCCGACCAUGGCUCGGACCAGCUGGGGACCCCGACUUCUGCUGUUGCUGCUUCCGCUCUUUCUGCCUGUGACCCCUGCCUCCGAUCGUCCCCGGGGCGCCAACGCUGUCAACCCAGACAAAUUGCUCAUAAUCACUGUGGCCACGGCAGAGACAGAGGGAUACCGGCGUUUUCUGCAGUCGGCAGAGUUCUUUAACUAUACUGUACGGACCCUCGGCCUGGGGCAGGAGUGGCGAGGGGGUGAUGUGGCACGAACAGUUGGAGGAGGCCAGAAGGUCAGAUGGCUAAAGAAGGAAAUGGAGAAAUACCAAGACAGAGAAGACAUGGUCAUCAUGUUUGUAGACAGCUAUGAUGUGAUUCUGGCUGGCAGCCCCUCAGAGCUGCUGAAGAAGUUUGUUCAGAGUGGAAGCCGCCUCCUGUUCUCUGCUGAGAGCUUCUGUUGGCCAGAGUGGGGGCUGGCAGAACAGUACCCUGAGGUGGGCACUGGGAAGCGCUUCCUCAACUCUGGUGGAUUCAUUGGAUAUGCCCCAAUCAUCCAUCAAAUUGUCCGUCAGUGGAAAUACAAAGAUGAUGACGAUGAUCAAUUGUUCUACACACGGCUGUACCUGGACCCAGGGCUGAGGGAGAAACUCAAACUUAAUUUGGACCAUAAAUCCCGGAUCUUCCAGAAUCUCAAUGGAGCCUUAGAUGAGGUGGUCUUAAAAUUUGACCGGAAUCGUGUGCGCAUCCGAAAUGUGGCCUAUGACACUCUUCCUGUUGUGGUCCAUGGAAACGGUCCCACCAAGCUGCAGCUCAACUACCUGGGGAACUAUGUCCCCAAUGGCUGGACUCCCCAAGGAGGCUGUGGAUUCUGCAGCCAAGACAAGAGGACACUCCCGGGGGGGCAGCCUCCCCCCCGGGUGCUUUUGGCCGUGUUUGUGGAACAACCCAUGCCGUUCCUGCCUCGCUUCCUUCAGCGGCUGUUGCUCCUGGAUUACCCUCCUGAUAGAAUCUCGAUUUUCCUUCACAACAAUGAGGUAUACCAUGAACCUCACAUUGCAGAUGCCUGGCCAAAGCUCCAAGAUCAUUUUGCAACUUCCAAACUGGUGGGGCCAGAGGAGGCCCUGAGUCCCGGGGAGGCCAGGGACAUGGCCAUGGACAGCUGUCGGCAGGAUCUUGAGUGUGAAUUCUACUUCAGCCUGGAUGCAGAUGCUGUCCUCACCAACCAAGAGACACUACACAUCUUGAUCGAACAAAACAGGAAGGUAAUAGCCCCCAUGUUGUCCCGUCAUGGCAAACUGUGGUCCAACUUCUGGGGUGCCCUGAGUCCUGAUGAAUACUAUGCUCGGUCCGAGGAUUAUGUGGAGUUGGUGCAGCGGAAAAGAGUAGGCCUGUGGAAUGUGCCCUACAUAUCCCAGGCGUAUUUGAUCCGAGGGGAGACCCUGAGGACAGAGCUGCCCCAGAAGGAGGUGUUUUCAGGCAGUGACACUGACCCAGACAUGGCCUUCUGUAAGAGCCUUCGGGACAAGGGCAUCUUUCUCCAUCUCAGCAAUCAACACGAGUUUGGCAGGCUGUUGGCCACAUCCCGGUAUGACACAGAUCACCUGCACCCCGACCUCUGGCAGAUCUUUGACAACCCUGUGGACUGGAGAGAACAGUACAUACAUGAAAACUACAGCCGGGCCCUGGAUGGAGAGGGGCUGGUGGAACAGCCAUGCCCAGAUGUGUACUGGUUCCCACUGCUGACAGAGCAAAUGUGUGAUGAGCUGGUGGAGGAAAUGGAACAUUAUGGUCAGUGGUCAGGAGGCCGGCAUGAGGAUUCCAGGCUGGCAGGAGGAUAUGAGAAUGUGCCCACUGUGGACAUCCACAUGAAGCAGGUGGGGUAUGAGGACCAGUGGCUCCAGCUACUGAGGUCAUACGUGGGGCCCAUGACUGAGCACCUGUUUCCUGGCUAUCACACCAAGACCCGGGCAGUGAUGAACUUCGUGGUCCGCUACCGGCCUGAUGAGCAGCCAUCUCUCCGGCCACACCAUGACUCCUCCACCUUCACCCUUAACGUUGCCCUCAAUCACAAGGGUGUGGAUUAUGAGGGAGGUGGCUGCCGAUUCCUGCGUUACGAUUGCAUUAUCUCAUCCCCAAGGAAAGGCUGGGCUCUCCUGCACCCCGGCCGCCUCACCCACUACCACGAGGGCCUGCCCACCACCCGGGGUACUCGAUACAUCAUGGUGUCCUUCGUUGACCCCUGAUGCUCAACCACUCUGCCAAACCUUUGCUGCCAUUGUGCCUCAUUGUGGGGGCUGGGUCCCCGUCCUCAGAGACAGAGGACUCUGCCCUUCUCCUCACUUCCUAAGUGUAUGUCUGUGUGCCUGGGACUGAAUGUGUUGCCCCCACCCACAGCCCUCUUGGGAAGCACUUGGAGUUCUCCACCACCUUCCCACUGGCCCCUAAGGGAUGAUGGGGAAUAGGCUUGUGAGAGUUCCCUGCCUGAUAAAUUAUUAAGAUUCCUCAGCCUUAUUCUCAAUAAAGGAGUGUUUGUAA